UCGCUGCGAUAGAUGCUUAAAUCAGCUGUUGGGAAAAGAAAAAGUUAAAUUGCAAAAACGUAUUGUAUUAUUUUGUAUAGAACUUAUAUUAUAGUCUUUUGUUCUACAAUAGGCCAUAGCUUUAAUGUUAUGUGAGUUGAGAUAGAUUCUUUCAUGAUAAAGCAAUAUAAAUUUUGCAAGUAAUAAGUUGAUAGUAACAAUGUAUUCAAGAUUGAAAACAAGUGCGCAUAAUAAAAAUAAACAGGAAGUUUCUGAUGUUAUUGGGACAAGUAAUCAUAAAGUUAUACUAAAAUUGUUAAUAUUAGUGGUUUUGAUGCUUACUGGCAUUAAUACAGUGUUAAUAACACAAAAAUAUCUCUAUUCUGAUUAUCAUGUUGUUGCAUUGGAGCAAAGUCAACCAUUAUUUCAUACAGUAUCUAACAAGUUUCUAUCAUUUGGAUUGGAUUCUUCUCUUUUGAGAAAUAUGAAUAAGUUGCCAAUUAAUCAAGAAAAAUUUGUAAAUCUUGCUCGUCACCUUAGUCCAGCUUAUGUUAGAGUUGGAGGCACCGCUGCAGACUAUCUCUAUUUUGUUAAAAUCAGUUCCAUAACAGAAACAACAACUGAAAAAUCAAAUUUAUCAAAAAACAAAUGUGUAGAUGGACAGGAUAUAACUUAUUUUACAUUAGCAAGUGAUGACUUUCUUUCACUGUACAAAUUCACACAGAAAGCUCGGAUAAGAAUGGUAUUUGAUUUGAAUACUUUAUUGAGGAAUGAAGAUGGUACUUGGAACAGUGACAAUGCUAGAGAAAUUAUACUUUUUGCCAAAGGUCAUGGAAUGGAACUUGAUUGGCAAAUGGGAAAUGAACCGAAUUCAUUUUUUCAUGUAUUCAAUAUCACGGUUUCAGCAGAACAACUUGCUCAAGAUUACUGUGAACUACGAAGUAUGCUCAAUAAUUUGGGUUAUAAAGACAGCAUUCUAGUUGGCCCUGAAGCAAAUCACAUGGGAGAUGAUCAGCAUCCUGGACAAGUCUAUCUCAAGAACUUUUUGGAGAAUGUUAAAGAUUGCAUUGAUUAUGCCACUUGGCAUCAAUAUUAUCUCAAUGGUCACGUAGCUAAAGUAAAAGAUUUUAUAGAUCCAAAAGUAUUUGAACGCUUGCCUGUUCAAAUUAAGACUGUGUCAGAAUCAAUAAAGUCAAGUAGUCAAGAUCUAUCUAUGUGGAUCUCAGAAACAAGUUCUGCAUUUGGUGGAGGUGCUCCAGAGUUAUCUGAUCGAUUUGUGGCAGGAUUUUUAUGGCUUGACAAAUUGGGCAUCAGUGCUAAAAUGGGUGUUCAAACUGUAAUAAGACAAUCCUUUUAUGGUGGCUAUUAUGCAAUGAUUGGACCAGAUCUUGAACCUAAUCCUGAUUGGUGGGUAGCAGUGUUGUAUAAAAAAUUUGUUUCAGAAAAGGUGCUGGAAUUGAAAAUGCCAAACAGUAGAGAUGAUUUACGUUUGUAUGCACAUUGUGGUGCAAAAUCGAACUCUGCAAAGAGCUUAUCUACUGCUACUAUUUAUGGAGUGAACUUGAGUAAAAUGCAAACAAAAAUUUACUUAUCACAUCUCUCACAGGGAGCAAAAAUUUUAUCUUAUAUUCUCACAUCAGAUGAGUUACAAUCAAGAAACAUUUAUUUGAACAAUCAAAUUUUAAAAUUACAAGAUGAUGGAAAAUUACCAAAAUUUAAACCAAAAGAAAUAAAUGAAAAUGAACCAAUCAUCUUGCCCCCCUAUUCAAUGAUAUUUAUAGUAAUAAAGAAUGCUAAAAUUUCAGCAUGUUUAUAAAUAAUGUAUUGAUCUGAGAUAAUGCUGCGAUAACAUUUCGUUAUUUUUUUACAAAUUGUAAUGCAUACUUUUAUAACUAUAACAACGAAUAUAAAUAUUUGAUAGCAUCUUCAAAAAAUAUAAUAUCCGUGUUAAAAUUUGUAUACCAAACAUAAUUUUUCCAAUAAAAUUUUAUAUUAAAAUUCAAAUACUUAUAAAACAUCUCUUGAAAAUUUUUCGCCAAUUUUAAUGAAAAAAAAAAAAAUUAAAUAUUUAUGUACCACAAAUUAAGGCAGAGUAUGGGCUGAAAGGCUUGAAAGGUGAAUAUUCGAAAAGCCCGCGCUUCGGCACACGCAGUGCCAUAUCUGCAAGGAAUGUCACUACUCCAAAAAAUAAAAUUUCUCAUCAGCUGUUCACUCUUCUAUCCGCCGAUGUUUACAAUAUACCCACGAGCAUCUCGUCCAUGAGGCGUUCGCUCAUCGUCCAUUCGUCAAAUGAAAUGUUGAUAAAGCCACAGCUCGAGGGAGUAACCACAGCUGUGCGAUGAUAAUUUAGCCAGUGUCUAUACCCGCAAUCACGCCAUGCAGUCAUUGAGACGAAUGUAAUGUAACGAGCUUACGAAGCAAUAAAAAGAGAAAACCUAGAAAUGAGUAUUUUGAAGAGGAAGAUUCAGGAGUUCGAGGACAUGUUGUCGGCGAGUGAAGUGGACGCGUAUCAACUUCGCCGGCUAUGUUUCAACGGUAUCCCGGACGAGGGCAGCCUCAGGCCGCUAUGCUGGAAGCUGCUGCUCAACUAUAUACCUUACACCAGGGAAAAGUGGGAUGAGACUCUAGCCAGGAAGAGAGAGCUUUACAAGUCCUUCAUCGAUGAUCUCAUUGUCAUUCCUGGAGAGUCAAAUCUGGAGACUGGCAGAGUGGAUGUGACCACUGAUGAUCAUCCAUUGAAUCUUGAUCCGGACAGUAAGUGGCAGACGUUUUUCAAAGACAACGAAGUGCUGCUGCAAAUCGAUAAGGAUGUCAGAAGGCUGUGCCCUGAUAUAUCUUUCUUUCAGCAGGGCAGUGAGUAUCCUUGCGAAGCCAUUGUGCACAGCAAUGGUCAGAAGAGACUGCACCAGAGAGUUCACCACACUGUGUUAAAGAGUGCCAGUGUGGAGAGGAAGGGUCUGGGAGUGACUAAGAUCGCUGUUUCCGCAAGAAAGGCUGCAGAGGAUUAUGCACCACUCGAGGGUGGCGAGGCCCACUGGGAAGUGUUAGAAAGGAUCUUGUUUCUUUAUGCUAAGUUGAAUCCCGGCCAGGGAUAUGUUCAGGGUAUGAAUGAGAUUGUUGGACCUAUUUACUAUGCCUUUGCUUGCGAUCCUGACCAGAAGUGGCGGGAGCAUGCAGAAGCUGACACUUUCUUUUGCUUCACAAAUCUCAUGGCAGAGAUCAGAGAUUUUUUCAUCAAGUCCCUGGAUGAAGCCGAGUUUGGGAUCAAUGCCAUGAUGAGCAAACUCAUGCAGGAGGUAAAGUCAAGCUGUUAUGAGAUUUGGAUGCGACUCAAUCAGCAGGAGCUGUGUCCGCAAUAUUACAGUUUUCGAUGGUUGACUCUGCUGUUGUCCCAGGAGUUUCCUCUUCCCGAUGUUAUGAGGAUAUGGGACUCUCUGUUUUCUGAUGAAAAUCGCUUUGACUUCUUGAUUCACAUUUGCUGUGCAAUGAUUCUCCUCUGUAAGGAUCAAAUACUUAGUGGUGACUUUGCAGCCAAUGUUAAAUUGCUACAGAACUUUCCGUCUACCGAUGUACAGAUUGUAUUGACUAAAGCAGCUGAGUUAGCGGAUAGAUCUUCACUUUAGUGUAAAGCUAUACACUCAAAAGACUUGAAUGAGAUGAAUUUUUAUUAAGAGCAAAUACAUGCAUUUUUGUAACUUGUAUAUUUUGAAAUAAGUAAAUGCUCAGAAAUUUAUAUGUUAAUAAAAAACACUUCUUCCCAAAAUUUUAUACAAAACUCAUUUUUAUUAUUAUGUACAAUUUGUAUCAUCUUAUAACAUUUAUAAGAAAUAAUACAUGACAUGUAAAUCA